AUGGACAUCCGCUCGUUCUUUCGACACAAAGCGCCGAGCAACAGCACCAGCAGCAGCACGAGAGAGCGCGAGAGCCAAAGCAGUAGCAGUGGCACGAAGCACAGGGCGGAAGUAGCGAAACAUGCAACAAAAGAAGCGGAGCCAGAGCCGACACCGCCAGUACGUCGGUCGACUCGUAACACUGUGAAACACAAUGUGGUUGUGCUGGCCGAGAGCGACGAAGACGAAGACAGUGACGACGUUGACCGCAUAUGUGGUCGUGUAGUCACGAAGCAGCAGCAGCAGAAUCAGGAGAAGAAGUUGGAGAGGGAGAAGAAGAAGAAGAAGGAGACAGUGACGAAACAGAAGACGAGAAAGACGAGGGCAAUUGACUCUGACUCGGAGACGAACUCGAGUGACGAUACGAUGCUGGACGUCGAGCGCGAUAGCAAAGUGCUGACAUCGAAGCGACUGCGUCGUGGAGAUGCUACCGCUGAAAAGACGCCACAAGUGAGGCUGAAAGUAGCGGUGGAUAAAAAGACGACGGGUAGCCGACACGUUGCCGCUUCGACCUCUAGUCGCGCACCUGCUACCGAUGAGCUGGACGAAGCGAUUGUGACGCAAACAUGUGGUUUGGAACACGUGCCAAACCCUUGCUCGGGCAGUCUGGAUGGAAAGACGUUUGCCUUCUCGGGCGUGCUAGAAAACUUGUCGCGCGAGGCUGCGGUGCAUCUUGUAAAGAGCUGUGGUGGGUCUGUUGUGAACAGCGUGACACGCAAUACGAUGUAUCUCGUGAUUGGCGCUACGCUGGAACAAGGUGGGCGGGUACUGGAGGGAGCCAAGUAUAAGGAAGCAGUAGCGAAGAACGUGCGCGUUUUGACCCAGAACGAGUUCUACAAUCUCAUUGCAGAGGCAUCGGCCGCUCAACAGGCGCAGGAUUUGGCAGCGGAUAAGGCGAAAUUGAAGUCAAAAACUGCCACCGCGUCUUCGAAGUGCAAGAUCAAAUCGGAUGCGUCGAUCAAUCAAGAGCUAUGGACUGACAAGUACAAGCCUCAAACGCUGGACCACAUGAUUGGCAAUACUGAGCUAGGCAAGAAGUUGAAGACGUGGCUGUUGGACUGGGAAGCGAUGCACGUGAAGGGAACGAAGAAAGUACCGUUUUCGGCAAAGCUGGCCGAGAAUCGUGGAGCAAAGACUGUGCUUUUGUCGGGUCCUCCCGGUAUCGGUAAGACUACGAUUGCGAAUCUAGUUGCUCGCGAGUGUGGAUUCGAAUGCACCGAGCUGAACGCGAGCGACACCCGUAGCAAGAAGAUGCUCCAAACUGGUCUCAAAGACGUGUUGGGCACCCAAGCACUCCAAUUUGGUAUGGCCACGGGUAAAAGCAGGCAGCAAAACAUGCACUUGGCGCGUCGUGUCGUCAUCAUGGAUGAAGUGGACGGCAUGUCUGGCGGUGAUCGCGGCGGUACGGCCGAACUUAUCCAGCUGAUAAAGAAAUCGAAGACUCCGAUUAUAUGCAUUUGCAACGACCGCCAGAGCCAGAAAGUGCGAUCUUUGGCAAACCAUUCAUUUGAUUUGCGUAUGCGUCGUCCGACCAAGAUACAAAUUGGUAAGCGACUGAUGGAAAUUGGUUUGAACGAAGGUUUGCACAUGGAGAAGAACGCGAUUGAAGAAGCUGCCGAUCGAUGCGGCAAUGACAUUCGGCAGUUGCUGACGCAGAUGCAGCGAUGGCGACUCACUACCACUAGUAUAACGUACGCAGACUUGGUGAAUCCGUCCUCUCAGCAUAACAAGGACGAGAGUUUGCGACUGAACCCAUUUAGCGCAACACAACAGAUAUUCCGGCGUGAUGUGUCUUUCGAAGCAAGAAAUGAGGCUUAUUUCGUCGAUUAUGACUUAAUGCCGCUGAUGGUUCAGGAGAAUUAUAUUCAGAGUAUCAUGAAUAACCGGACGUCGUCGGACGAGAAUUUGGAAGCUGCGAUGUACGCAUCGGAGUUCAUCUCAGAAAGUGAUCUACUGAACACGUACGUUCGGGUGGACCAGCGCUGGGACUUGCUGACGAAACAGGCGGCGAUGAACGUCGGGGCUUGUGUAUACUCGGCUGGAUUCAUCGGCCACCCCGAGUUUUCCAAAUGGUUGGGAAAGAACUCCACAGCUUCCAAGUCAAAGCGAUUGUUGAGUGAGCUGUCAGUCCGAAUGAGAUCACAUGCUUCCGGAUCCCAAGAAGUCAUCCGUCUCGACUACGUGCCGUACAUGAAAGAGAUACUUCUACACAGGCUGUUAUCAGGGGAUGAUAACUUCCACGAGGUGGUUGAACUGCUAGAUGAGUGUGAGAUCACACGCGAAGACCUUACAGAGUCAAUGGAAAGUUUCAAGUUUCCUGGUGUGAAGCGCCACUCGUACUCGGACCUUGACUCGAAAGCAAAGACGGCGUUUACGCGAAUGUACAACAAGUCUUUCCACAAGUCCCAAGCAAUAGUGGAGUCGGUUCUUGGUUCAAGUACCGUCAAGAAGGGACGAGGGCAGGCUAGUGCCGUGAAGGACGAGGAGAACGGUCUGCCUGUGCCGUCAGACGCUGAAAGUGAGCCGGACGACGAAGUGGAUAUUAGCAAAUUCCAAAAGAAAGCGCGUAGCAGUGCGAAGCGCAAGACUGCUGCUGCUACAGAAAAGAAGGCGGCACGGAAGGCGCCAGCAAAGAAGCGCCGCUCCUAG